AUUCAUCCGACGGGCCACGACUUUACUCUCUUUAAAGUCUCCUUGUAUACUUGUAUUUAUAGCUGAACCAGCCCAACACACUGCGGUUGACGGCUACCUUUCAAGAUCUCAACUUUGCGCUUCAUUCUUCAUCGUUUUUCACAAUUUCCAGGUGUCUAUUUAAUGGCUGAAUCAAAGCAAGAAAUGAGGAAACCGGUUUUCACCAAAGUUAAUGAGCUACGACCUGGUACUUUUGGCCACAACCUCACUGUCAAGGUUGUUGAUUCGAAAUUGGUUAUGCAGAGGGGCAGGUCUGAUGGACCUCAAGUACGCCAAAUGAAAAUUGCUGAAUGUUUGGUCGGAGAUGAGACUGGAAUGAUAAUUUUUACCGCUAGAAACGAUCAAGUGGAAAAGAUGAAAGCGGGAACUACAGUAACCCUGCGCAACGCAAAGAUUGACAUGUUCAAGGGAUCCAUGAGGCUUGCAGUCGAUAGAUGGGGGAUCGUCGAAGAGGCAGAGGAGCCUGCUGAUUUCACUGUCAAGGAAGAUAACAACUUAUCACUGAUUGAGUACGAACUUGUGACCGUUUCUGGGUGAAUGUAACUGACGCUUACUUUUGUUCCAGCCCUCCAAAAAGUUGGAACCUGAAGAAAAUAAAAAUAGGAAUCAAACAAAAAUAGAAAAAGGGUGAAAUUUCAUGUAGUUUUGUCUCCUGGGCAUAAUUCCAAUUGCUCGUGAAACCUUGCCUUCUUGGAGGAGGAAUUUGAGGCUUCUAAUCUCUACCAAAGUUGAGAUAGGCUAAACCACUUCGCAGCACGUGAAGGCAGCUUGUUGGAUUUUGGACCCCUCUUAUAUUGGUAUAUUGGUUGUUUUUCUAUAAUAUCUGUUUCAGUUAAUAGUCUGGAGACAAUGAUAUUACUUGCCUCUUAGGACAUAUACUUCGUAAUAUCCAUGAGAUUUCAUAUGAACCAUUGCUCUAGUUUUCUUUCGCCGUCUUUUAUCUUGUUUUACUAAUACAAGCUUGAUUUGGUGUUGCGUAUGGGAUUAAUAGACAUUUGAAAUUUUUCAAGGUAUGAGUCAUGGACAUAUUACAAAUG